AUGGACAUGGCGGACAUCCCGCUCGCCAACAUACAGAGUCCCCAGCAGCAGCGAACCGCACGCAAUCCGCUCGAAGACUCGUUGAGCAGUGCUCCUCCAGCUCAUUUCCUCCAUCACCAUCGUGAGGAUGAUCCAAAUUACUUUCAAGGCAUCGACGCCGGCAAUCAGCCCGGCUACGAUCAGGUGCGCAACGACAAUGCCAGCGCCAGCGGUAGCGGCAGCAACGGCGACUCCUCCAAUGCAACAAAGAACGGCUGGAACGCUAACCACGACACCCUCGUCGAGCGUAUCCAGCGUCCCAACAAGAUUGGCCUGCCAGCGCAACACGACCUGUUCGAGCCGCCCCACGCUCCUUUUGCCAGUACAGAUGGUCUGAAAAAUCGGCACAGUCGCGCUAGCUCGGUUGCCAGCUCUGCGGAUGACUCCGAGGACUUUGACUGGGAUACUUCCAGUGAUGACGACGACGACGCCGAUCAGAAGCGUGGCGGUAAAGGCGCAAAGAUCACACGCGCAAAGCGCGGACGCAAAGUGUAUCUCGCCUGCCUUCGCCUUGCCCGUCCCGUCCGCAUCUUCCUCGUUGCUCUGAUCGGAACGGCCAUCUGCCUUGUGCCCUUCAUUGUAGUCACUGCCACCAACAACACUUCGGCCGCGCGUGCACAGAUUGUCGUGUGGAGCAUCUGGAUCGCCAUCAUCUGGGCUGCCAGUUGUGGCACUUUCCUCAUCAUAGAUUGGAUCCCGCCCCUCGCGCUUCGGCUCGUCAUUGCCGUUUAUGGCAAGGCGCCCGAGAUCGUCAAGACGUACAUUGAGGCUUUCAUGGCCACCACUCUCUACUUCAAGUUGGUCCUCUGCAUCACCUGGGCCUGGAUCAGUCUCGGCGGUGUCUUGGCCAUCCAGUACUCGUCCAGCUCCCGCCCCGAUUACUGGCGGACCAUCUUCAAGGUCAUCCGUUCUCUCUUUGCCACUAGCUUCAUCUUGCUCGUCGAAAAGGUCGCGCUACAAUUUGUCGCCAUCAACUUCCACAAGACGGCCGUCAAAGAUCGUCUCGAGCAGAAUCAGAAGGCACUCAAGGCGCUCGACAAGCUGCACGAGUCCAAGUACCUCAUGCAAAAGCGUCGUUUCAACCCUAUGCGCAGCCGUCCCGCCUCGCCCGGCUACAAACAGGCCUAUGGUGGUCAGCACGCUGCCAAGCAGUCCCGCGACGGUCUCGGUGGCUACUUUGCAACCUCCCAGCAGUCCGACGCAAACGGAGAGAAGCAAGCCGACGGUCAGCAUCAUACCACCCACCACCAUCCUCACAUGCAUCUGCAUCGUCACGACGGCACGCGCACGCCCACGGAGCACGAGACACAGAAGCGCGAGCGCAAGACCAACGUUGCCGCCCAGAUCAGCGACGCCAUCGCCAUGGCCACCAUGAAGGACAGUAAGCUGUACAAGGGUAGCCAGAUCGGCUCGCAGCGCUCUGCACGCAAGCUCGCCAAGCUGCUCUUCACCAACCUCUCGGACCACAAGUCGACGCUCGUAGCCGAAGAUUUUGUGCCCUACUUCAAGAGCGAAGAAGAGGCGCGCGAGGCCUUCAACCUCUUCGACGCGGACCGCAACGGCGACAUCAGCAAAGAGGAGAUGCGCGAGGCAGUGCAGCGCAUCUAUCGCGAGAGGCGGUCCCUCUCUACCUCGCUCAAGGACAUGUCGUCGGCCAUCUCGAAGCUGGAUGGUGUGCUCAUGUUCAUUGGUCUCAUCAUCGUUGUCUUCAUCUGGCUGCUCAUUUUCAACGGUGACUCGACCGUGUCCAACAUCGUGCCGCUGUCCACCUUUGUCGUCGGCUUCUCCUUCAUCUUUGGCAAUUCGGCCAAGAACAUCUUCGAGAGCAUGAUCUUCAUCUUUGCCACCCAUCCGUACGAUGUCGGCGACCUGGUCUGCAUCGACGAGGAGUGGAUGUUCGUCAAGGAGUUCGGCUUGCUCUCCACCACCUUUAGGACGACGGUGAAUGCCGAGAUUGUGGCGCCCAACGCGAUGCUGGCCACCCAGAAGUACAUCUACAACUCGCGUCGCAGCGGUGCUCAAUGGGAAUUUACGCUGAUCCAGGUCGGCUUCGAGACGUCGCUCGAGACGUUGGAGCAGCUCCGCACCAAGCUGCGCGCCUGGACCAAGGAGAAUGAUCGCGACUUUGGCGGUCCGUUAGAUCUCAACUUCAACAGCAUUACGCAACAGAAUGCGAUCGAACUCAUCGUUGCUUUCGAGCACAAGAGUAAUUGGCAGGACUGGGGCGCGAGGUGGGAGCGCAGGACCAAGCUCAUGAGGCGCAUCAAGACGGCUUGCGAGGAGUUGGGCAUUGUCUACUCGAUGCCUCCUCAGCCGAUCACGUUCCAGCCCAAGUCGGGUCCCUCGCCGUUCAAGUUUGGCAACAUCACUGGCUUCCAGCAGCAGCAGCAGCAACAGCAACCACAACAGCAACAGCAGUCGGCAUUCUGA